AUCGAUCUUUGAGUGAGAGUUUUGUAUCUGAGAUUGAAAAGAAGGAAAUUAGGGUUUAAAAUGGGAGGUUGUUUCUCAGACGUAAAAGGAGCGAAAGAAGCAGUUGGUGGUGUGAAUCAGAAAGCAACGAACAACAACAAUGACGCUGUUGAUUUCUUCUAUACAUCUCAAGGUUUUCAGCCAUUGUUCACCAGAGUCGAGUUAUCUUUUUCAGCAUCUGACUUACUUGAUAUGGACAUUACAUCAAAGAGUGAUCCUAUGCUUGUUGUAUAUGCAAAGAAAGGAGGUGGCAAAUUGGAAGAAUUAGGACGAACUGAAGUUAUAACGAAUUGUUUGAAUCCAGAAUGGAUAGAAAAAAUUAAUAUGGCAUUUCAUUUCGAGAUUGUGCAACCACUUGUAUUUCAGGUGUAUGACAUUGACACAACAUAUCAUGGCGUUUCCACUAAGGAGUCAUCAAAAUCAGAAUCAAUUCUAGUAGAUCAAGAAAAAACUACACUUGACCAGACCCACAAACAAAUUCUAUUGUCUAAAUCAAAGACACUAAAACUGAAAGAUCAAGAUUUCAUUGGAGAAGCGAGUUGCAAUUUAUCAGAGAUAGUGACCAAACAAAACCGCAGCUUGACCUUAAAGCUUCAAAGCAAAAGAGAGAAUACUGUUCAAAGAAAUCUUGGAUCAGUUACCAUUCAUGCUGAGGAGACUGUUGCUUCAAGGAAUGUUGUUAAGAUUAGCUUCCGUUGUUCUCGCUUGGACAACAAAGAUGUUUUUUCUAAAAGUGAUCCUUUUCUAAGGGUAUCAAGAAUGGUUGAAACCGGAGGUUCUAUUCCUAUUUGCAAGACGGAAGUUAUAGAUAACAAUUUAAAUCCAAAAUGGAAUCCGGUUUCUCUUAAUUUCCAGCAAUUUGGAAGUAAAGAGACUCCAUUAGUUAUCGAGUGUUUUGACUUCAAUAGGAGUGGAAACCAUGCAUUUAUCGGUAAAAUGCAGAAGUCAAUUGCAGACCUUGAAAAGCUAUAUAAUGAGAGGAAAGGUGCGAAUUUUGUUGUGCCAUCGAAACGCCGUGGACAAGAUAAGAUUUUAAAGAGUCAACUCUUUGUGGAUCAAUAUAUUGAAAAAGAACAAUUCAGUUUUAUUGAUUACAUAUCUAGUGGAUUUGACCUCAACUUCAUGGUUGCAAUAGACUUCACUGCUUCCAAUGGAAAUCCUCAACAGCCAGAUUCUUUGCAUUACAUCAAUGCAUCCGGUCGGUUAAACGCAUACCAAAAGGCUAUAAUGGAGGUCGGAGAAGUUAUUCAGUUCUAUGAUUCUGAUAAGAUGUUUCCUGCUUGGGGAUUUGGAGGAACUGUACAAAGUGGUGCAUUAUCUCAUUGUUUUAAUCUGAAUGGAGGAGCUCCAGGUUGCUCUGAGGUGGAAGGAGUUGAAGGCAUAAUGGAUGCUUAUGCUAGUGCUUUACACACAGUCAGACUGUCAGGACCGACUUUAUUCGGCCCGGUUAUCAACAUGGCUGCACAGAUGGCUACAGAGUCUCUUUCGUCGUAUAACAGCACUAAAUACUAUGUAUUGCUUAUCAUAACGGACGGAAUUGUUACUGAUCUUCAAGAAUCAAUAAAUGCGGUGGUUAACGCAUCUGAUCUUCCCCUAUCGAUACUUAUAGUUGGCGUUGGAGGCGCUGAUUUCUCCGGCAUGGAGGUAUUGGAUGCUGAUAGUGGACCUCGAUUAAGAAGUUCUACUGGUCGUGUAGCGGCGCGAGAUAUAGUGCAGUUUGUCCCAAUGAGAGAAGUUCAAAGAGGACAAAUAUCUGUUGUGCAAGCUCUUUUGGAAGAAUUGCCUGAUCAGUUUUUAAGUUUCAUGAGGAGUAGAGAUAUCAAACCAAUCCCUUCCAAUUUCUCUUAAACAUUCAAAAUUCCUUAGAUUUUACAAUUAGAGAUCACCAAGAUUUUUUCUAUCUAUAGAUAGUUGAUCCAUAAAAUUCCUUAGAUUUUAAGUGGCAAUUUUUGUGUUGGAUGAAGAUGAAACUUUGAGUCUGCACAAUAUAAUUGCAUUUAUUUUUAAAAAUAUUUAUAGAUAGGAGGAUAUGAAUCUCUUUAGA